AAACAUGGCAUGGCAAAAAAUGACAAGAAUGCAGAGGAAGUCGAGUGGAAAAGCCACAUACAAAAAAAAAACCAAAAAAACAAUUAAACGAAUUUUCAAACAGAUACCACCAUGGUUCGCACUCAUAUAUGUAUGACAUGAUCCUUGAUGAGACUAGAACAUGCUUGGGCCGCUCUCUCAACUCUUCCCUGCCUAGGGUCCAUUGCUGCCCACCAUUGUGCUCACCUCGUCACAGCACACUUACACGGCUUCGGGGUCGGAUCAUGGAAGCGACUACCUACACAGACAUAUCUCAACGUAACUCUGCUGACUCCAAGUCACGGUGAUAUCUCUCGGAGCCUCCCUUUCUUAAUCGUAGUAGGUAUGAUUUAGGAAACGCCUCGUCCGUUAUUCUCCCUAUCUAAGCUCUCAUCCAGAAUGGGCACCCUGUCAGCGUCCACGUCCGGUUGCUUCUCAGUGACUCCAUUUCCGUUCAUUGGUACAUAUUAGCUCCCAAAGUAAAGCUAUGGAUGAAUAUACUGUCAACGAGUGGUUUUCUUUCCCCCCGAGGUUUUCCAAGGACAUUGACGAGGAAGCUCCUUUUACGAUUUCGUAGUAGGUGCUUGGUGGUGUCACAAGAAUAAAUCGAUUGAUAAGGUAAGCUGGAUGAACCGGAAAGGAGUAGGGCGGUUUUUUUUUUUUUUUU